GACUGCAGCUCAAGAAAUGGCGGCUCUGCUAAAUUUGCCACAUCGCGGAAGGUUUGUCCUGCUGUGCCUGCUUUGGGUGGCCCUGUGGAACGUUGGAGCUGGGCAGAUGCGCUAUUCAGUGCCAGAAGAGAUAGAAAAAGGGUCAUUCGUGGGCAGCGUUGCCAAGGAUCUCGGGCUAGAGCCUCUGGCACUGGCGGAGCGCGGAGCCCGCAUCGUCUCCAGAGGUAGGACGCAUCUCUUCGCUCUGAACCCGCGAAACGGCAGCUUGGUCACCGCGGGCAGGAUAGACCGGGAGGAGCUCUGCGCCCAGAGUGCGCGGUGUCUGGUGAGUUUUAACAUACUCCUGGAAGAUAAGUUGAGCAUUUAUUCAGUAGAAGUGGAAAUAAAAGAUAUUAACGAUAAUGCCCCUCGCUUUGGAGUAGAGGAAGUGGAGCUAAAAAUUACUGAAACGACUAUGCCAGGAUUUCGGAUCCCUCUUAAGAGUGCGCAUGAUGCAGACGUCGGAGAGAACACUCUCCAAAAGUAUGAAAUUAAUUCAAAUGACCACUUCUCUCUGGACGUGCGAAGCGGGGUGGAUGGUAACAAGUACCCGGAGCUGGUGCUGGGACGCGCUUUGGACCGUGAGGAGGAGGCCGUACACUACCUCGUUCUCAAGGCUUUGGACGGGGGCGACCCUAUCAGAUCUGGGACCUCCCGCAUCCGCGUGACGGUCUUGGAUGUGAACGACAACGCUCCUGUUUUUACACAGUCCGAGUACCGGGUAAGUGUUCCAGAGAAUACUCCCGUAGGCACCCGGAUACUUACAGUGACCGCCACUGAUGCAGAUGAGGGAUACAAUGCCCAAGUGACUUAUUUUCUGGAGAAAAACCCUGAAGAAACCUCAGAGGUAUUUGAGCUUAAGUCAUCAUCUGGAGAAAUAACAAUCACAAAAAGCCUAGAUUAUGAGGAUGCCAAAUUCCAUGAAAUUGAUAUUGAAGCUCAGGAUGGUCCGGGCCUUCUGACCAGAAUGAAGGUCACUGUCACAGUUCUGGACGUGAAUGACAAUGUCCCAGAAUUCUACAUGACAUCUGCUACAAGCUCAGUUCCUGAAGAUUCUCCUCCAGGAACCAUAAUCGCACUUUUCAAUGUACAUGACAGAGACUCUGGGCAGAAUGCAUUUAUCACAUGUUCACUCCCAGAGAACCUUCCUUUCAAAUUAGAAAGGUCAGUGGACAAUUACCACCGAUUGGUUACAACUAGAGUCCUUGACAGAGAACAGUUUUCCUCUUACAACAUCACUGUGACUGCUAAAGAUGGAGGGAGCCCAUCUCUAUCCACAAAUGCUUACAUUUUGCUGCAGGUGACAGACAUCAACGACAACCCUCCCACCUUUCCCCACACAUCCUACUCUGCCUACAUUCCUGAAAACAACCCCAGAGGUGCCUCCAUCUUUUCUGUGAUGGCCUGUGACCCCGACAGCAACGACAAUGCCCAUGUAACUUAUAGCUUGGCUGAGGACACCCUUCAGAGUGCACCCCUGUCCUCCUACGUCUCCAUCAACUCUGACACCGGUGUCCUCUAUGCACUGCGUUCCUUUGAUUAUGAGCAGUUCUGUGAACUUCAGUUAUGGGUUACAGCACAGGAUGGUGGGAAUCCACCCCUCAGCACCAACGUGUCUGUGAGCAUAUUCGUGCUGGACCAGAACGACAACACACCUGAGAUUCUGUACCCUGCCCUCCCCACUGAUGGUUCUACCGGUGUGGAGCUGGCACCCCGCUCCGCAGAGCCUGGCUACCUGGUCACCAAGGUGGUGGCAGUGGACAGAGACUCGGGACAGAACGCCUGGCUGUCCUACCGUCUGCUCAAGGCCAGUGACCCAGGGCUCUUCGCGGUGGGGCUGCACACGGGCGAGGUGCGCACAGCGCGGGCCCUGCUGGACAGAGACGCGCUCAAGCAGAGCCUGGUGGUGGCCGUCCAGGACCACGGCCAGCCCCCUCUCUCGGCCACCGUCACGCUCACUGUGGCUGUGGCUGACAGCAUCCCAGACAUCCUGACUGACCUAGGCAGCCUGAAGCCCUCAGUGGAUCCUGACGACUCAGGCCUCACACUCUACCUGGUGGUGGCGGUGGCCGCGGUCUCCUGCGUCUUCCUCGCCUUUGUCAUUGUGCUACUGGCGCUCAGACUGCGGCGCUGGCACAUGUCGCGUCUGCUCCAGGCUUCCGGCAGCGGGUUGGCUGGCGUGCGGGCGUCUCAGUUUGUGGGCGUGGACGGGGUGCGGGCUUUCCUGCAGACCUAUUCGCACGAGGUCUCGCUCACCGCGGACUCUCGGGGGAGUCACGUGAUCUUCCCUCAGCCGAACUACGCGGACACGCUCAUCAGUCAGGAGAGCUGUGGGAAAAAGGAUUUUCUUUCAGAACCUCAAUUUCUACCUGAAGAUAAACAAGAAACAUUUUCUCAGGUAAACUCUCUUCCUAAUAUUCCUGUGAGUUACUUUGCUAAAAGACCUAAACUUACCUAA